GGAUCCUCCUUGGCCGUUCUCGCGUCUCUCCCGGCCCGCUGCGGGCCCCGCUCCGGCCGGUGCUUUGGGCCCGGGCGCCUCGGUGCGCUCGGCCAACGGCCUGUGCAAAGGGGUUCAGCCGAGCGCCCCGAAAGCCGGCGGGAGGCGGCCGUCGCCGGGGACCGGUCCUGAGGGCCCAAGGGAACAAAAGUGUUGAACUCCAACAUACGUAUCGUGAAGCAAGAAAGAAUCUAAUAUGAAGCAUAGAAGCAGAUAGUGCCAAAUUGCAAGCAAUAGGUGGUGUAUACAUUUCUGGAAAAGCAGUGUCCGUGUUGUUAUGUACACCUUCAAAAAAAAAGUUCAGAUCUGUAGGGGAAUUGUGUAAACUGAACUACAGGGUAGCAGUAUUUUAAUAGCUAUUAUAGAAGUGUAUUUACUGUGUUAAAAAUGAGUAAAAGAAAAAGCAGUGACACACCAGUAGGAAGAAUGAGUAGGGGGGCAACGUUUCCAUCUCCCACUGCUGCCGAGAUGGCGGAAAUUAGUCGAAUUCAAUAUGAAAUGGAAUACACCGAAGGUAUUAGUCAGCGAAUGAGGGUCCCAGAAAAACUAAAGGUGGCACCCCCAAACGCUGACCUGGAACAAGGAUUCCAAGAAGGUGCUCCAAAUGCUAGUGUGAUUAUGCAAGUUCCAGAGAGGAUUGUUGUAGCAGGAAAUACUGAAGACAUUCCAUUUUCGAGGCCAGCAGAUCUUGACCUUAUUCAGUCAACUCCCUUUAAACCGCUGGCACUGAAAACACCACCUCGAGUUCUUACACUAAGUGAAAGACCUUUAGAUUUUCUGGAUUUAGAGAGACCUCCUCCAACCCCUCAAAAUGAAGAACAGAUUCGUGCAAUUGGCAGGCUCAAAAGAGAGCGGUCUAUGAGUGAAAAUGCUGUACGUCAAAAUGGACAGCUGGUGAGAAAUGACUCCAUGUGGCACAGAUCAGAUUCUGCCCCAAGAAAUAAAAUUUCAAGGUUCCAGGCACCGAUUUCUGCACCGGAGUACACUGUGACACCAUCGCCACAGGUUCGGGUCUGUCCUCCCCAUAUGUUACCUGAAGAUGGAGCUAAUCUUUCCUCUGCUCGUGGCAUUUUGUCGCUUAUCCAGUCUUCUACUCGUAGGGCUUACCAGCAGAUCUUGGAUGUGCUGGAUGAAAAUCGCAGUGUGAGAAGACAAAAUGAAAUACGUUGUGAAAGACCCGUGUUGCGUGGUGGGUCUGCCGCCGCCACAUCUAAUCCUCAUCAUGACAACGUCAGGUAUGGCAUUUCAAAUUUAGAUACAACAAUUGAAGGAACUUCAGAAGACAUGACUGUUGUAGAUGCUGCUUCAUUAAGGCGACAGAUAAUCAAACUAAAUAGACGUCUACAGCUUCUAGAAGAAGAGAACAAAGAACGUGCAAAAAGAGAGAUGGUCAUGUAUUCAAUUACUGUAGCAUUCUGGCUGCUUAAUAGCUGGCUCUGGUUUCGCCGCUAGAGGUAACUUCAGCUCUCAAAAAAAUAUUGUCUCAACAGCUGAAAAUAUAAAGAACUUGCAAACUUCUUUGUUUCUGUCUCUGCUGUAUGCCAUUUUAUAGUUCAUCCCCUGAAAAUGUAUUCCUUCCAGAUAGGUGGGGGGAAAGGACUGACAGUUGCAGAAUUCAAGGUAUAUUCUGUCAUUCAGUUGUAUUCACUUUUAGCUAGCUCUGCAGUAACACCUACUCAAAAUCUCCCUUUGCAUGUUUUGUAAAUAGGCUGUAGGGUGGGUUGUUUUUGGUUUUGUUUGUUUUUUUUUUCUUUGUUUUUUUGCCUCAUCAGUCUACAUAACUGAUUCUUUGAGUUGGAGAAAAAGAUGCGUAGAGAAUGAAUUUAGAAGAGUAUCUGUAAAAGAAAGUUCUUUUGUCCUGUUGUUCAAGCCCUAGUGAAUGGUUUUGUUAAUAGACAUUUUUGCAUCUACAUUUCAACAUGAACUCUCAAGUCAUGGUCUCAUGUCAGAUUUAAUAAAAUCAAGCCACCUCAUGUUUCACGAUCACUUUAAUUAAAAUGAUUUAUAACAUUUCAGCAGUUGAUCUGAUACUUGUGUAUGAUGUGUGUUGUUUUUAUUUUAGUUUUGCAGAUGGUUUUCUAUAAAGUACAUUUUUACUAAGUGUGUGAAUGAUUUGGAAAAAAACCUACAAAAUAAGGUACAGAUGUAGUAUAUUUAAUAAACUGUCAACCAAAA